AUGUCUGAAGCAUUUGUAACAUUAGCCACGACAGAUGGUUAUGCACUGGGAGCACUCGUUCUCGGUCAGUCAUUACGAAAAAUUGGAACAAAGAAGCAAUUGUGUGUCAUGAUAACAGAUCAAAUUUCCGAUUUAUUACGAUCAAAUUUAGAAUCGACAUAUAAUGAAGUUGUUCGUGUGAAUCUUCUCGAUAGUCAGGAUGCUGUUAAUCUCAGACUGUUGGAACGACCAGAAUUAGGCGUAACAUUUACAAAAUUUCAUUGUUGGACAUUAACACAAUACCAAAAAUGUGUUUUCUUGGAUGCUGAUUGUCUUGUAAUGCAAUCUGUUGAUGAUUUAUUUGAACGUGAAGAAUUUUCAGCUGCACCCGAUGCUGGAUGGCCAGAUUGUUUUAAUUCUGGAGUGUUUGUUUAUAGACCAUCACGCGAUACAUUCAAACAGUUAGUUCAAUUUUCAAUUGAACAAGGAUCAUUUGACGGUGGUGAUCAAGGUCUAUUAAAUAAAUAUUUUUCAUCUUGGUCUCAUGCGGACAUAAGUCGUCAUUUACCAUUUACAUAUAAUGUCACAUCAAACACAUUUUAUUCCUAUGUGCCAGCUAUCAAUCAGUUUCAUUCUGAUAUUCGUAUUGUUCAUUUUGCUGGCAGUUUAAAACCAUGGCAAUUAACAUACGAUCCUCAAACAAAUAAUCUAUCUGGCGGCCAUCAUCAACCCACUGAACGCAAUUUUCUACUUAAAUGGUGGCAAUUAAUGUAUGAAUUAGUAUGGCCCGGUUUAUCAAGUACAUCAAAUACGUCGUCGAGACCAUUAAGUCAACAAAAUAAUCAGCAUGGUAUUGGUUCACUGAGCUAUGGUGCACUAAUGCACGAUAUUGAAGCCGGUUCAACAGCUCAUCGUCGAGCGUGGGAAUCGGGUUGUGUUGAUUAUGGUGGACGUGAUUCGUUCAUUAAUAUUCAAAAACAAUUAGACAGAAAUAUCGCCAUGACACCUCAAACACACCAACGUCCCCUAUCAGUGGCCACCUCGAGACAACAACAGCCAGAUUCAGCAGCCAAAACGAUACAGACAAAUGAUAGUGCGAAACGAAAAGUAGAAUCUACUCGACAACCAGAUAACCAUGAAAAAGUUGAACGUAAAACGAGUAGAGCCGCUGAUAUCCUUCUGGGUCCAAUUGAAGGCGAGAGACAUCAUGGCGAACAAGAGUCCGUGGUUCACAGUAAAGAUCAAAAAGUGUACGCCGUUGUAACUGCACCACCUCCCAGCACGACCGUUGCCGCUGAAACACAUGUUACUCAUAAAACGAAAGAGUCUACUCACCCACAACCACGAAAAUUAUCAACUUCAACAAACGAUGAACAUCAAAAAGUUGAACGAAAACUAAGCAAUACCAGUUCUACCAAGGAAAAUGUUCCUGUUCGCUCGAAUGUAGUAUCUGACAAAAAUGUCAUUUUAACAACGACAAAAUCAGCAUCGUCUAUUACAACCACGGCUAUCCAUGGAGAAGCUAUAAUUCAAAAUGUCAAAGAAAUAGUCCCGACAACUACUCUUACCACCAUGGUAGCAAAUAGCGGAUCAAUGGCAGGCACUGCUUUGAAUGAACAUGAUAUUCAAAUGUUACCUAAGACUUUGCCAACGGCCCAGGGCGAUUUAUCACUUGCUUACGUAGCAGAAUGGCCAGAUGUAAACGCAGCAACGCAACUUCAAACUCCAGUCAAACAGCAAAUAACUAAACCAGCAUCAAUACCAUCAAAACAAAAAAAAUAA